CGCCGGGCAGCCCCGCACGCUCCCCGUGCCCCGGUCCCGCAGCUGCCGCCCCGCGCUCCGCCUAGGGGUCUCCGCCGCGCCGGUGCAGGGCGAGAUGGCGUCGGCCACGGACUCGCGCUACGGGCAGAAGGAGCCCUCGGACCAGAACUUUGACUACAUGUUCAAGAUUCUCAUCAUCGGCAACAGCAGCGUGGGCAAGACCUCCUUCCUGUUCCGCUACGCCGACGACUCCUUCACGCCCGCCUUCGUCAGCACCGUGGGCAUCGACUUCAAGGUCAAGACCAUCUAUCGCAACGACAAGAGGAUCAAGCUGCAGAUCUGGGACACGGCGGGCCAGGAGCGGUACCGCACCAUCACCACCGCCUACUACCGCGGCGCCAUGGGCUUCAUCCUCAUGUACGACAUCACCAACGAGGAGUCCUUCAACGCCGUGCAGGACUGGUCCACCCAGAUUAAAACCUACUCGUGGGACAACGCGCAGGUGCUACUGGUUGGGAACAAGUGUGACAUGGAGGACGAGCGGGUGGUGUCCUCGGAGCGCGGCCGGCAGCUGGCCGACCACCUCGGCUUUGAGUUCUUUGAGGCCAGCGCCAAGGACAACAUCAACGUGAAGCAGACGUUUGAGCGCCUGGUGGACGUCAUCUGCGAGAAGAUGUCCGAGUCGCUGGACACGGCUGACCCUGCGGUCACGGGCGCCAAGCAGGGCCCGCAGCUCACGGACCAGCAGGCACCCCCGCACCAGGACUGCGCCUGCUGAGCGCCGCCCCGCCCACCCGGCCCCAGCCCAGCUGUCCGAGACCCCGCCCCGACGAGACCCCACCCCGACUCCCGUAUUUAUUACCGUAGCU